CAGGACCCAGCCCAGCUCCACCCCUUCCUCACUCCCCUCCUCACUGCGUGUUCCACCCCUCAGCUGGGAUGUGAAAAGCUCUGUCAGCCCCCAGCUUUCCUCAGAAGCCCUCCUGCAAGGCCACGAACAUGAGCCGACUCUGCCUCUCCAUCGCCCUUCUCGUCCUCCUGGGCACCCUGGUGGCCUGCACCUCAGGGGGUAAACACGAGAGCCAUGCCAAAGAUUCCCUGCCUGCCUUCUGCCUGGAACCUCAUCACACGGGUCCAUGCAGGGCCCGGACGAUCAGGUACUUCUACAACGCCAAGUCCGGGCACUGCGACAUGUUUAUAUACGGCGGCUGCCGAGGGAAGAAGAACAACUUCCCAACAGCACAGGACUGCAUGAAGACCUGCGGUGGUCACAUGGGGACCCAUAGACUGGGCCCUACCAGGUAUGGGAAGUAA